CUGUUCUCUGUUCCAGUUCAGUCCAGCAGAAGAGCUCAAACCCAGAGUCCAGCUGUGUGUCUGUGAAGAGUAACAACUCUAUGGAUCCGCCAGUAAAGUUUAAGAAUGGAGACAAACGGCCUGAUCUCAGUUUUAAAACCAGUUCAGUCCAGCAGAAGAGCUCAAAACCAGAGUCCAGCUGUGUGUCUAUGAAGAGUGACCACUCUAUGGAUCCGCCAGAAAAGUUUAAGAGUGGAGACAAACGGCCUGAUCUCAGGUCAAAUCUUCCAUCCAGACCAGUUAAAAACAAAACUGUGUUCAUGCCUGUGAUUCAACCACAAGACUUUAAUGAAAGCAUGUAUCCUGGUUUCAGCCAUGACUCUAAACCUGCUGAAGUCCUCAACACAUUGAGAUCAAAUCUGAGAAGGAAGUUUGAGUGUUUGUAUGAGGGAAUAUCAAAGCAGGGAAACCCAACACUCCUGAAUGAGAUCUACACAGAGCUCUACAUCACAGAGAGUGGAAGUGGAGAGAUCAAUAAUGAGCAUGAGGUGAGACAGAUUGAGACACAGUCCAGGGGAGCAGAAACAGAGGACACACCGAUCAAAUGCAGUGACAUCUUUACACCUUUACCUGGACAAGACAAACCCAUCAGAACUGUGCUGACAAAGGGAGUCGCUGGCAUUGGAAAAACAGUCUCUGUGCAGAAGCUCAUCCUGGACUGGGCUGAAGGGAAAGAGAAUCAGGACGUCCAGCUCAUAUUCCCACUCGCUUUCAGAGAGCUCAACUUGAUGAAGGACAAAACACUCAGUCUUUCAGAUCUUCUUCAUCGCUUCUUCCCUGAAACCAGAGAAAUGGCCAUAUCCAGUGAUGAGUAUAAAGUGCUGUUCAUCUUUGAUGGUCUGGAUGAGUGUCGUCUGUCUCUGGAUUUUCAGAGCGAUGUGAGGUUGUGUGAUGUGACUGAAUCAGCCUCAGUGGACGAGCUGCUGACGAACCUCAUUGUGGGGAAUCUGCUUCCCUCGUCUCUCAUCUGGAUCACCUCCAGACCAGCAGCAGCGGAUCUCGUCCCCUCUAAGUGUGUCCAUCGAGUGACAGAGGUACGAGGCUUCAGUGACACACAGAAGCAGGAAUACUUCAGGAAGAGAAUCAGUGAUCAGAGUCUGGCCGACAGGAUCAUCUCACACCUGGAGUCCUCAAGGAGCCUCUUUAUUAUGUGCCACAUCCCAGUGUUCUGCUGGAUCUCAGCCACUGUUCUAGAGGAGAUGUGCAGUGAAGCAGAGAGAGGAGAGAUUCCCAAGACUCUCACUCAAAUGUACACACACUUCCUGAUCAUUCAGACCAACAUCAAACAUGAGAAGGACUAUAAGAAAGUGAAAGACGAAGACAUGAUUGUCAAACUGGGGGAACUGGCGUAUCGGCAGCUUGUGAAAGGCCACCUGAUCUUCUAUGAGGAAGACCUGAGCGAGUGUGGCAUUGAUGUGACAGAAGCAUCAGUUUACUCAGGAUUGUGCACUCAGAUCUUCAGAGAGGAGUUGGGCUUGUGUCAGGGGAGAGUCUUCUGCUUUGUUCAUCUGAGCAUUCAGGAACAUCUAGCAGCUCUAUAUGUGCAUCUCUCCUUUAUCAACAGUAACAUCAAUGUGUUUGACCAGAUUACCAAACCAACUAAUGGAGGCAAAGUGUCACUAUCUGAUCUCCAUCAGAGAGCUGUGGAUGAGGCUUUACACAGUAGAAAUGGGCAUCUGGACCUUUUCCUUCGUUUCCUUCUGGGUCUGUCAGUGGAGUCUAAUCAGAGUCUCUUACAAGAACUAAAGACACAGACAGCAAACAGCUCUCACAGCAAUGAGGAAACAGUUGACUAUAUUAAAAAGAAGAUCAGUGAGAAUCCCGCUCCAGAUAAAUACAUCAAUCUGUUUCACUGUCUGAAUGAACUGGGUGAUCUUUCUCUAGUGAGCGAAGCUAAACCUCAUACGACUGGAGGAUUACGUGAUGUGAAACUCUCCUCGUCUCUGUGGUCAGCUUUAGUGUUUGUGUUGUUGUCCUCAGAGGAGACACUGCAUGAGUUUAACCUGUACAACUUAAUUGGAGCCAGAAAUGAUCGUGUCACACAAAACUCAGCAGAUAAAGUUCUUCAGAAGCUGCUGCCAGUGGUUACAGCAACUAGAUCAGCUCGGUUGAGGGAUUGUGGUGUGACAGAUGAAGGUUGUGCUGCUCUGGCUUCAGCUCUGAGAUCAAACCCCUCACACCUGAGAGAACUGUCUCUGUCUGGGAAUAAACUCGGAGACUCAGGAGUGAAGCUGUUCUCUGCUGGACUGGAGAAUCCUCACUGUAAACUGGAGAUACUGUGGUUAAGGAGGUGUGGUGUGACAGAUGAAGGUUGUGCUGCUCUGGCUUCAGCUCUGAGGUUAAACCCCUCACACCUGAGAGAAUUGAAUCUGUCUGGGAAUAAACUAGGAGACUCAGGAGUGAAGCUGUUUUCUGCUGGACUGGAGAAUCCUUACUGUAAACUGGAGAUACUGUGGUUGUAUAAUUGUGGUGUGACAGAUGAAGGUUGUGCUGCUCUGGCUUCAGCUCUGAGGUCAAACCCCUCACACCUGAGAAAACUGAAUCUGUCUGGGAAUAAACUAGGAGACUCAGGAGUGAAGCUGUUCUCUGCUGGACUGGAGAAUCCUCACUCUAAACUGGAGAAACUGUGGUUGAGGAGAUGUGGUGUGACAGGUGAAGGUUGUGCUGCUCUGGCUUCAGCUCUGAGAUCAAACCCCUCACACCUGAGAAAACUGUAUCUGUCUGGGAAUAAACUAGGAGACUCAGGAGUGAAGCUUUUCUCUGCUGGACUGGUGAAUCCUCACUGUAAACUGGAGUUUCUGGGGUUGAGUAGGUGUGGUGUUACAGAUGAAGGUUGUGUUGCUCUGGCUUCAGCUCUGAGAUCAAACCCCUCACACCUGAGAACAAUGCAUCUGUUUGGGAAUAAACUAGGAGACUCAGGAGUGAAGCUGCUGAAGGAUCUGAGGGAUGAUCCACAUUAUAAACUGGAGACACUAUGGUAUAGAUGACAGUCUGAUCUUCUCCUGAUCAUCUGGUGAAUAAGGAUCCACUACAGAGACUCACAGUCAACAGAAUCAACAGAGACUGAAGAUACAGUGACUUCACUGUUAUUAAUUAAGACUUCAUUUAGAUUUCCACGAUCCUCUGACAGACCUGAUGAGGCGGCAGUGAAACACCUUUUAUUUCACAGCAGCAAAAUACAGUUUCUCAUUCAUAGAAUAACCAUUUUAUUUGUAUAAACGCAGAGUAUAAACUCAAAAAGGUUGGAGUUUUGUUGGAGAAAAUAUAGAGCCUAAAUGUGUUGUUUGUGUUGUAUCAGCAGAGGGAGACGAAGACUAAUGAAAGAUUAAUUUUUCAUAAUUAUGA